CACCUGGAGGGCUGUUGAGAGAGCCGGUUUGGAGGAGGAGGUGGGGGUGGGGUGGGGAGCAGUCCAAGAAAAACUGAAGGAAGGGGAAAACAAAAAACAAAACAAAAAAAAAAAGAAGAAGGGAGGAAGGAAAGGCCGGUGCAGGCGCUGCCGCUGAGAGGAGUUCCAGAGCCCAGGGGGUGCCCUUGACAAGCAGCAUGCAAAAAUGUCAGAAGAGGCAGAAGUGGAUGUGAGAGACAGAGACAUUCAGAGACAAACGGAACGAAAGAGGGCAAGAGGCUUGACUUUAAGAGACUCCUGCAGUGACAACUCCAUGCAGUUCGGAACAACAAGGACGGCAACCAACUCCGAAUCGGGUUUCAUGGGGACAUGGCAGAACGCCGACACUAACCUCUUAUUCAGAAUGUCCCAGCAGGCAAUACGCUGCACAUUGGUAAAUUGCACAUGUGAAUGUUUCCAACCAGGGAAGAUAAACCUGAGAACCUGUGAUCAAUGUAAACAUGGCUGGGUGGCACAUGCUUUGGACAAGCUUAGCACUCAGCAUUUGUACCAUCCAACUCAAGUGGAGAUUGUGCAAUCCAACGUUGUGUUCGACAUCAGCAGCUUGAUGCUAUACGGUACUCAGGCUGUGCCCGUGAGAUUGAAGAUUCUGCUUGAUCGACUGUUCAGUGUAUUGAAACAGGAAGAAGUACUGCACAUCCUCCAUGGUUUGGGCUGGACUCUUCGCGACUAUGUUCGAGGUUACAUCCUUCAGGAUGCUGCAGGCAAAGUGCUGGACCGCUGGGCCAUCAUGUCCAGGGAAGAAGAGAUUAUUACCCUUCAGCAGUUUUUGAGGUUUGGAGAAACCAAAUCCAUUGUGGAGCUGAUGGCAAUUCAAGAAAAAGAAGGGCAAGCCGUGGCUGUUCCAUCUUCAAAGACAGACUCAGACAUACGGACUUUUAUUGAAAGCAAUAAUCGAACCAGGAGCCCAAGUCUCCUUGCUCACUUGGAGAACAGCAACCCUUCCAGCAUUCAUCAUUUCGAAAACAUCCCAAACAGCCUAGCAUUCCUGCUACCAUUUCAAUACAUAAAUCCUGUCUCCGCUCCACUACUGGGCUUGCCUCCAAAUGGGCUCCUGCUGGAACAGCCAACGCUGAGGCUGCGUGAGCCAAACCUUUCAACUCAGAAUGAAUUUAAUGAAAGCAGUGAGUCUGAUGUUUCCCCAGCCCCUUUCAAGAACGAGCAAACCUCCAGCAGGAAUGCCUUGACCAGCAUCACCAACGUAGAGCCCAAAAGCGAGCCAACUUCCGUUUCCCCGGUUCAGACUUCGACCCCUGUCAAUGAUUUAUCCAAACCCGAACAUACCAAGAACUCUUUCAGGAUUCACAGAAUGCGAAGGAUGGGCUCAGCCUCCCGGAAAGGAAGAGUCUUUUGCAACGCAUGCGGGAAAACUUUUUACGACAAGGGGACCCUGAAAAUCCACUACAACGCAGUCCACCUUAAGAUCAAACAUCGGUGUACGAUCGAGGGUUGCAACAUGGUAUUCAGUUCCCUUAGAAGUCGCAACCGCCACAGUGCUAACCCCAAUCCCCGACUUCAUAUGCCCAUGUUAAGAAACAAUCGAGACAAGGAUCUCAUCCGUGCUACAUCCGGGGCUGCCACUCCUGUUAUAGCAAGUACAAAAUCGAAUCUAACCUUAACAAGUCCUGGGCGACCUCCGAUGGGUUUUACCACUCCCCCAUUAGAUCCUGUGUUACAAAACCCUCUUCCUAGCCACCUUGUAUUUCCCGCUUUAAAGACUGUACAGCCGGUUCCUCCAUUUUACAGAAGUUUACUUACGCCUGGGGAGAUGGUGAGCCCUCCCACCUCGUUACCAACUAGUCCAUUGAUGCCAAUAACUGGCACAAUGGAACAGUCUUCUCUCCCUUCAGAAUCAACACUGCCCACAGCCAUGAUGCCCCUUCAAGAGACAAGUGCUGACCUCGCCCCUAAGAAAAAGCCACGAAAGUCAAGCAUGCCUGUCAAAAUAGAGAAGGAAAUCAUUGACACAGCCGAUGAGUUUGAUUACGAAGACGAGGAAGUUAAUGAUAACAGAAGCAUAACCCACGAUGGGGGUCAUGACAAUCAUUGCCAUUCUCAGGAGGAGAUGAGCCCGGGGUUGUCCGUGAAGGACUUCUCCAAAAAUGGGCAAAACAGGUGCAUUUCAAGGACAGAGCUAAGAAGGACAGAUAGUAUGACAUCAGAUGACCAAGAGCACGAGAGGGACUAUGAAAAUGAGUCUGAAUCCUCAGAGCCAAAACUGUGUGAGGAAUCCAUGGAAGGGGAUGAACACAUGAUCCAUGAAAGAAGUAGCAAGUCGAUGAUGAACCAUGACAGACCGGAUGAAAACCACAAUGAUGCUUCCCACCCCGGUGACAUUAAAGUCAAGGAAGAGUUUACAGACCCUACAUAUGAGAUGUUUUACAUGAGCCAAUACGGACUUUAUAAUGGAGGCAGUGCCAGCAUGGCUGCGCUCCAUGAAAGCUUCGCUUCAUCGUUCAGUUAUAACAGCCCCCAGAAAUUCUCUCCAGAAGGCGAUUUGUGCUCGAGUCCAGAUCCCAAGAUCUGCUAUGUGUGCAAGAAGAGUUUCAAGAGUUCCUACAGCGUGAAACUCCAUUAUAGGAAUGUUCACUUAAAGGAGAUGCAUGUCUGCACAGUGGCUGGGUGCAAUGCUGCUUUCCCUUCCCGAAGAAGCAGAGACAGACACAGUGCUAAUAUAAAUCUGCACCGUAAACUAUUGACCAAAGAACUGGAUGACAUGGGACUGGAUUCCUCUCAGCCUUCCCUUAGCAAGGACCUCCGUGAUGAAUUCUUGAUGAAGAUCUAUGGUGCUCCACCCCACUUGGGUUUUGAUCUACGGGAAGACACCUCCUCCCCAGCAGGAACCGAGGACUCCCACUUGAAUGGAUACGGACGGGGUAUGUCGGAAGAAUACAUGGUAUUAGAUCUGAGCACCACCUCCAGCAUCCAGUCCAGCAGUAGCAUCCAUUCUUCCAGAGAAUCGGAUGCAGGAAGCGACGAGGGCAUCCUUUUGGACGACAUGGAUGGGGUCAGCGACAGCGAGGAAUCAUCACACAAAACUGAGGCUGCAGCCUUAGGGGUCAGCUUGAGUGCUGAAGUCCCUGGGUCGCUCAUGUUUAACAGUGUUUCCAUGAACAAUGGGGGGAUCAUGUGCAACAUCUGUCACAAAAUGUACAGCAACAAGGGGACUCUCAGGGUGCAUUACAAAACGGUACACUUGCGGGAAAUGCACAGAUGUAAAAUCCCUGGUUGCAACAUGAUGUUCUCCUCGGUCCGCAGCCGAAAUCGGCACAGCCAGAACCCGAAUCUGCAUAAAAACAUUCCCUUCAGCUCACUAGAUUAAUCCCAAGAUGGACACGGUCAGUGCCAGCUCAAAAAUUAAGACCUUAUACUUCUUCA